GAAAACACAAAACUGUCAAACGCGUGGUUCCGCACAAAAAUUUCACUAAAUUGUAUUUUUUAAUACUUUUGGGUUGAAUUUUGUCGUUUUCACUGAAAAAAUUAUUGAAUAACGGUUAUCGUCCAGCUAAUGCACUCAUCAAUGAACUACGGAGCCCACCACGAAGGAAUGCGAGGACAGAAUUUCUGCAUCAUCGAAAGAUGCAUGAAAAAAACCGGUCAGCUAUUUCCUGUUCCGCAUAAGAACAGUUCUGUUUUCAACAAAUGGAUUAGGAUAGUCUCGCUCAGCGGAUACCCUGGACAUCGUAUAUGCGGGGAUCAUUUUAAGCCCGACGAUUUUCUCAUCGUAAAACGGGUAAAACUUAAGCCAGCUUCGGUUCCAUCCAUUCUUCCCAAUCGGGAAGACAAGUUCUCACUCAAACCGGGAUGUUGCGUGAAAGGAUGUAAAUCACGCAAAAGGCAGUUACUGCAGAAGUUUCCUCCGGCGCGUUCAUCGAGACGUAAACUGUGGAAUUUAGCACUCGGACUUCCAAAAGGCGAAAGGCGAACCCUCAAAAUUUGUCACCUACACUUCAAGACCUCGGAUUUUGUACAGACAACCCGUCGGUAUCUUAAGCCGAAUUCAGUUCCCAGCCGUGGUAUCAAUUCGAUAAAAUCAAGGAAACUUGUUAUAUACACCAAGGAAGAUUCAGAUGAGAGCGAUAACGAAGAGCGGGCUGUCCCGGAACAUGGAUACUGUUUGCCAUUGAACCUUCCAUGCAGCAGGACUAUUUGCUUCGUCUCUAACUGCACAGCUCGGGCUGGAAAUGGAAUCAAGUUGCACAAAUUUCCCCUUGAAGACCAAGCGUUUCUGAAAAAAUGGACUGCUGCAAUCAAAACUAGAAAGAAACCAAGCAAAUAUUCAAGAGUUUGCAGUCGACAUUUCAAGAACGAUGAUUAUUUACCAGGAGGCAAGCGGCUCAAACCACAAGCCACUCCAUCUCAACACCUACCGCUGAUUGAUUUGUUGAAGCUUCCGAAUCCAUAUAAACGCAAAUUCACAUUGCGUGAACGGAAUUUGUCUCCACCUAGGAACCCACACUCGAGUCACGUUGUUGAGCAGCAUUCACCAUCACCAACAUCACCAUCGGCUAAUGAUGAAAAUGGCUGUAUGUUUGGAGAAGUAUCAUACGUCGAUACCGAUACGAGUCGAUAUGUGACUAAUGAGCUAUCUGAAGUUAUGGAAUGUGAAUUCGAUCCUGCUGAAAUCAAUCACAAUUCAACAUUCGCUAAUCCGGCUAACCCGUGCAUCAAGCAAUGUGAUGCUGAACGUACUACGCACGAAAAAUCGAGGACAGAUAACGUCGAACAGAAUUUCGGAAACGGAUCAGAAAAUCCAGACGGUGUUUUGAAUCGGCUGAUUAAGGAGUUAAAGGGAAAUUCAACUGUUAACAACACAUCGACCAGUUCAUUGAACCACGAAAAAGCGUUCACCUUAACAAGCUUGAUAAAAACUGAUAAAGACGCGAUUGUCUGGACUGGAUUGACCUCUCUGGGCCAGCUUGAUGCAAUUUGUAUAUCUGUGAAAAUUAUCGAGGAUCAGCUUUAUAAGGAACAACACAAAAUGUCUGCUAUAGACAGAGUUAUUCUAACUUUGGCGAAGUUAAAGCAAAAUAUAUCUUUUGCGGCGAUUGCAACGCUUUUUGGUGUAUCAUCUGCUACGGUAGCGCAGUACUUCAACCACACAAUUCAGGUUCUCGCAGAGGUUUUACAGCAGUUCGUCUAUUGGCCUGAUCGGGAUGAGAUAGCAAAAAACAUUCCGCUAUGUUUCCGCGGAAAAUACGAAAAUGUGAGAUGUGUCCUUGACUGCACCGAGAUCCCUGUUGCAACAAUGAAGUGCAUAAAUUGUUGCAUAGCAUGUUAUUCCAGUUAUAAAGGAAUGAGAACGGUGAAAUUUCUCAUUGGAAUAACACCAGCCGGAUUGAUCAAUUUCGUAAGCAAAGCGUACAGUGGAAAGGCGUCCGAUAAGCAGAUUUUCAACGAUGAAAAUGUGCUGGGUCUCCUUGAACCGUUCAAGGAUGAGUUGAUGGUAGAUAAAGGAUUUAACAUUCAGCAAGAGUGCCUUAAUUAUGGAGUACGCCUGCACAUUCCACCAUUUCUGCGAUCAGAGCAACACACCGCAAAGGAUGCUGUACUGAACGAAAGCAUUGCGAAAUCAAGGAUCCAUGUGGAGAGAGCGAUCCAGCGUAUAAAGCUGUUUGGAAUUUUUCAAGACGCAAUGAUGCCUCGGUUUUGGGGUUGAUUGACUACAUCAUGAAAGUUGUAUGUGCAAUCGUAAACCUAUCAGCCCCAAUUUUGAAGGACAAAAGAUUUUAAGAGUAUUUCUUGGAGUGCUUACUAAUAGGCUUAAGACCGAAUCGCGAUAGUAUAUAUACAUAUAUUGAAGUCGACCACACCUUGAGCCACACUAUCCCAACCAAAAGAAUAAAAAAACGUAUUUCAGCUCAAACUUUUCAA